AUGGCUCGCCGCCACGACGUCGACGUCAACGACAUCGACCUGGAGGAAGAAGAGCUUGACACCGACGACCUCGAGGCCGCUGGCUGCGCGGUUUGUGCCCUCGGCGCGCAUCGUCCUCGCCUCCCCGUCGCGUCCCAAGUCCAGCUUCCGGCUUCAGAUGCCCCGGUCCACUCGGUGACUGCUCUUGUCGCCGACGCGCACACUCUCCAGCGCGAGAACCAGGAGCUGCGCGCCCAGUACGAACUCGUCUCAGCGCACAAUGCGGGCUUGGCUACUCACGCGUCCGUGCUGCAUGACCGCAAUCUCGCGAUCUUGCAUCGUGCUCGCGAGGGUUAUCGCGCAGGCAUGAUCCGGCUCGAGCAGGCGCUCCUCUCCCGGGAGCACGCCGAGCGGGAUUACGCCGACGUAGAGGACCGAGUAGCCGACUUCCGCGCUCGUGCUGAGCGCGCGGACGCUGCCGAAGCUCUACUCCGCGCCGAGCGAGGCUCCUCGACUGAGCAAUACUGUGACCUUCAAGGUCAGCUUCGGGCGGCGCAAGACCAGAUCACUGACUUGACCACCCAACUCGCGCACACUCCUGCUACGCCGCCUCCAUCUACCGUGCCGCUAGCGCGGCUGUUUGCUGCACAAGGCGAGCGUGACGAGCUUCGCAUCGACCUCGCAGCCGCCCAAGCCGCCCUCGCUCCUGUCCGAGCGCGCGCGGACGCCGCCGAAGCUGAACGUGAUCAGCAGCAGCGCGCCCCUGUCGACGAAGAGCUCCGCGCGGCCCGUGCAUCGCUUUCUCAGAGCCGCAUGGAGAUCGAGGCGGCCCAGAACCUGAACGUCCCGCUGCAGGACGACCUUCGGCGCGUCAACGCGCUCUUAGUGGCCAACGCCGAGGAGCUCCGCCGCGACGCGCCGCGUAUCCACGAGCUGGAGGAGUCAGUGGCUACUGCUACGACUCUCCGUGUGGCCGCCGAGUCCGAGAUGGCGCGGGCUCAAGCUGGCGAGCUUUGUGCCGCGACUCGCGCGGUGCAAUAUCGAGCUGGGUGGCUGUCCAUGCGACGGUCGUCUCAGCAGCGACGAGGAGCAGUCGGCGCGCAGACCCAUCGUCCCAGCGCUCGCGUCGCCGAGCUGGAGGAGGAGCGCGACUUGACCAUCCGAGAGCGCGACGAACGCGCUGUGGCUUGGCGUCGGAUGCUUCGAGACGCGCGUCGGGGCCGAGAGCUGGCGCGGCGGGUGCGCGACGAGCUUGCUGAUCGUCUCGCCGGCGUCGUAACGCGUGUAGGCGGGCAGAUCGACACCGCUGACCUGGUCAGACGACUCGAAUCCACUUUCACGGUGGGGAUCGACGGUGCGAUCCCCCUCCCCCCUGAUAUUCCUACGUCCGCAGCAGUUCCUGCGGCAUCCGCGGUUCCUGUUCCUGCUCCAACUACGUCGAGCUCUGGUGCCCGGGCGGGCUCGUCGGCUUCGACGGCGGGAUCGACGACUGGCGCUUCCCCUCCAGCAGGUCCUUUGGGCUCCCGUCCUGCUCCGACUUCGUCCGCUGCC